AUGGCCGCUGCGAGCGCUUCCGUCGAAGAUGAUGACUUGUUGACUCAGUUGCGUCAAUUGACGAAUGAUCCCAACUUGGACGAAGAGACGGGAAAGUUCUUCUUGGAGAUGUGUGCAGGAGACCUCGAGAAGGCAGCCGAAUUCUACAAAGAGCAACAGCCAGCUCCGGCUCCAGCGCCUCCUCCGGCAGUGCCGUCUCGUCAAACGAGUGGUACGACAGCAACGGGCAUGAGUACUACUACUACUACUGGACUGAGUGCUACUCGCAUGAGCAUGAGUAUGAGUAGUGGCAGUGCCAGUGCCAGUGCGGGUAGUAGAAGACGAACGUCUACCGUGUCGGCCAUUCCCAAGAACAUCAACGCGACGGUACGACGAUUGGAGCCUGGCAUGAGCAUGAGCAUGAGCAUGGGCAACAGCAGCAGUCACACCAUUGGCAGUGGCGCUGAACCAGGAGUGGGCUUAGUCACGGGACGACGCAAUCGAGGAUUCGCCAACAACGUAGAACUCCUGGGGUCGGCUGCGGAAUUCGAAUUCCUCAAUCAGGCAACCACCAAUCCAUACACAAGUCCUCCCGCGCCCAACAAAACCGUCAACGUAGAUGUCUACGGAUUCUCCUCUCCUGGGGCCUUUCAUGAAUACCAAGAUGGAUCCGAUGGCAUGUACGCCAGAGAACGGAGAGAAUCUGCCGUCAGCAAUAACAACAAUAACAACAGAAGAUCCAGUGCCUUGAAUCCUCCCAUCGAACCACUCCUCGCGUCCAAUCAUAGACCCGUUCGAAGAGUCCACACCGGAAACGAUGCACCCAACAAGAGACCAUCAGGAUCACUACACCGACAACGACAAGAUAGAUCCAACUCCAAUUCGCCUACACCGGGACUCAUUUCGGCAGAUCCAAGAAGAAGGGCUCAUUCACCUCCUCGAAAUCGUCCAUCACACAUUACUAGUAGUCACUCGCACCACAACAGCAAUCACAACAACUCACAGACGCGCUUGAGUACCGUAAGUGCACUCACCGAUUACGAUAGUAUGGUCAGCAGCAGUCGACUCUACGAUGAUGAGGAUGCUGAUGAUCGGAAGAAACCUGCCCCCAGUCGAAACGAAGGAUCGCUCGACCACAGCGAUCGAGAUUGGACCGGAAGAAGUUUGCUCUAUGCCGACAGUAGACAUCGCAUGAGUACGGCCAGUACCCUGUCGGCAUUCUCCGAUGAAAUGGGAGUCAGUCAAAGCUCACUCAUGACCGACGACAAUGAAUUCCUCAAGGAUCACGAUCAGCCCAAAAAGAGAGCUCCCGAUUACCACAACAAUCACAACAAUCAUCAUAUUGAUGGCUUUGACUACGACGACGGCGAUCUCAACAAUGAUGAUAUUAUUGGCAACUCCAAUUGCAGUUCGUCUUCCCGUAGAAGGGUCAGCACGAGAAAUUACGCCGUCGAACCAUGCUCCAAGCAAAUUAUUACCGGACAGAAUGAAGAUAUCGAAAUGAUGCGAAUUGUCCAACGCAUUGCCAUGGAGGAAGACACCAGCAUGUCCAGUCUGGGAGACGAUUUUUCCGAUUCAAAUCUCGUAGGUUUGGGAGGAAAGAGAAUUUCCCACAGCAGUUCGUCUUCGGGUGCUACAUGUACAGGCAGACGAGAUUCCAGUGCUCGUAGAGUCUCGGCGGCCAUGAUGACGCCCUCCGAACCAACCAUUACCGAAGAAACGGAGCAUUCGGGUGCCUUGGAUACUUCCUCGGCUGCUUCGACAGAUAGACCAGAUCCACCCGGGGAUACCAUCAACACGCCCUGGCUCUAUGAUCACAGCAACAGCAGCAUCAACAACAGCAACAGCAACAAUUCCAAAAGCGGCAAGGCCAAAAUGACGCGUGCCACGCGGCCUGGGGCUGUCAGCAUGGCGAUGAAUGGAACCAGUAGUGAACCGCUACUGGGAAAAGUCAAACGAGCACCCGCCACUCAGCCAGGUGUCGUCAGUGUCGUAGGUAGUGCCGCCACAGAACCACAACAUGGCAAGGGAAGGAGACUAACCCAAGCCACUCGUCCGGGAGCUGUCAACGUGAGUGUAACCGAGGUUCAGGAACCAGGAACACUUUCGCCGUCAUCACCAUCACCGCGGGAAGCGGUGAUGGAUAUUGACGAUAUCAACCAAAAUUCCCUCUCGUCCAUUCCAGUGCCUCCUCUCCUCCCACUGUCACAAAAACAACAAGGCAAAGCAAGACGGACAACUCCGGCGACGAGACCCGGUGCCGUCAGUGUUCCAGCAUCAGACGAAGACUUGACUUCCCACCACGAUUCCUCCAACAACAACAUGUCACUGGGAGACUCGACGUCAUCCAUGCAAGACGAGCCAGAUCGCAAAAUCAGACGAGCACCCACUUCCAGACCCGGAGCUGCCAGCGUCAUGGCAUCCUCAGAACCUUCCUCGGGUAAUAAUCCACCACGGCAAAAAGCGAGCGUUGGCGUCCAUACAGCGGAUUCCGCUAAAGCAGACCCCGAUUGUGGAAAAGGACUGCGACGAACGAAUGCGACGGUUCCAGGAGCCGUCAGUGUUUCAGCAGACGACAAUCAGGAAGAGCCACGCUCCUUCCAGCACUCGAAAGUUCGGCAUCGAGGUGCUUCACAACCAGGUGCAGUAAGUGUGCCGGGCGGUACUAGCAACGAAGAUCAACAAGAGACCAAGAGUGGAGCGAGGGGACUACGAAAAACAUCGAGGCCUGGAGCUGUAAGCGUCAAUGCCGACAACCAACAGACCCAGGAAACGGCAAAGGAGGGGAAGUUGUCUGGCUUGCGCCGUGGCAAAGUAAAGCCGGGUGCUACGAGCGUUAGUGGCACAUCGGAACAAGAUGAGGCCGAACAAACUAAAACUGGCAAGUUUCGACUGGGGCAGAAACCAGGGGUGGUUCGUGUGGUCAGCAAAACUUCCACAGACGAUUCCUCCAAAGCGUCGGACAAAGAUGGCAAGAAGACGGAAGAGAAUUGGAAGGUGAAGAAGCCGGGUGCUGUUAGUGUGACGUCUUCCGAGGACGACUCCAAUUACUUCGACAGGCAAAGCCCCACGCCCGACACGGAAGAACCAGCCAUGGACCCCGGUGGAAUUAUGGUGUCGGAAGUUGGCGUAGACAGUGACGAUGUGAUUCCAACAGCAGGAACCAAUGAGGCAAAGGAGGUCCCUUCCGCGUCUGCUCCCCUACCCCCAAUCGCACCAUCACGCCCGCCGCAAAGACGUACCAAUGCGCCCACCAAGCGAGUUGCAUCUCGCCCUGACGCACUGCUUCCAAAUGCCCCCUUGCCCACUCCUGGGAAUCGUGGCAAGACCGACGCGGGGGCAUCUACCAAGAAGGAAAAGAAAGGAAUGAUUCGUCGUAUCUUUUCACGAGGCAAGCACAAGCAGCCAGCAGACAAAGCGGAGGAAAAUAUGGACUCUUUUGAUCCAGACAACCCUAUGCUGAGGAGAUCGGGCACGGGUCGAACCUAUCCGGGGAGGUAG